AAUAUGCGAUCUUAUUAAUGUGUAGCCCUGUUCAGUAUUCACCUAGCUGUAAGCUGGUACGAGAUAUAAUUCAAAAGGUUGUGACUUCGCUGUCUCGGUGUGUGGAGUGUAGUGUGGCCUCAGUUCUACCCGAAGAUUGGUCUUUGAGAUCUGAGCUCGCUCCGUAAUGGGGAAAACUGUCUGGGUGACCAGUAGGCGACCUUGAAAACAUAGAUUGCCAUGGGUUUUUCAGGUUGCAAAGUCAUCCGUUCAGCCCUGCAGGCCGCCACCCUGCAGGCCACACAGACGGCCAUUGAGCCAGCAGGCUCUACUGCUGCUGCUGCUGCUGCUGCAGGUGACUCCAGCCUCUCGGAGUCACCUGCCGCAGCCUCCUCCAUCGCGGACAGGCUGGCGGCCCUGCUGGAACCGAGUCUGACGGCGGAGGAGCUGCUGAGGCUGACGCAGCGUGCCAGGGGCCUGGUGGAGGCCGGCCGUGUCUUGGCCGUCCAGGACGUGGAGGGACAAACUCGGCACGCCAGAAUCAACCUGAAACACGGCCGCCUGCACCUCCACUCCCUGCAGGCCACGCCCCCGCCCCCCCACGCCCUCACCCUGCAGAUGGGCGAGGUGGUGCCGGCCGCCCCGCCCUGCGAGGUGUUCCUGGACCUGGCGUGGCCCGGCAGUGCGGCGCGGCGGGUGGUGGUGAGUCUACCCGGGACACCCCAGGGGCCGGCAGUUUGUGUUGCUGUGCUCGGGGCAGCGGGGCGCCUGCUACGCCAACACCUCCUUGUUUAUGGUGUGGGGUGAGGGACUGCCGGGGG